AUGGAUGUAACAACAUGUCUGAAGUCUUUCCUGCUGGCCAUCCACCAGUACAGAGGCAACAGGACGGCCCAUAACACUGUCCAGCUGCAUAAACAAGUGGAGGUCAGUUUCAACAUGUCCACACUGUGCCAAAGCACAAACUUAGGAAGAUAUGAAUCAAGAUGACAGUGAACACACUCACUGGGCAGCACCUGGCCCGAUGACAACAGACCACCGUGCUGCAGUCCUGAAAGCUCCUACACACACACACACGACUGGUGGAGCUGGCAGGAGACCCCAACACUAGCCCUGCACUCACAGGAACCAUCAUCUCUUCACUGGCCCAACUUGGUACACACAUACACUGACUAGUUCCCAAUGCAUUUAUUUCAAAUAAUGUCUUGUCAAAAAACAAUAGACAAAUGAUUGAACUAGUCUUACAGCUAUACUAUGAUGUGUGUGUUUUCUCUCCAAGCCUGUGUUGAUGAGAGCAGAGUGGUUCUCCAGAGCAGUUAUAACCUGACCAACACUCUGGCCUCCAUCAUCCGCUGCCACAGCGCCACCCCCAGAGAGCCAUUGGUACUACAGGUAUGACAACACACUCACCGAAAUGACAUGAAGAGACUAAACCAGCGGUAGAACUAUGGAGCUACACAAGGCCAAAACUCUGGUGAGAAACAUGGCUGUAGGAUGUGAUUGUUCAGCUAUUGCUGUAGUAACUCUCUCUCUCUCUCUGUGUGUCAGUGUCUACAGGUGCUACAGAGGCUCACUUACAACGCCCGGAUAAUCCACUGUUCCAACUACAUCCAUGAAUUCAUACACUUUCUCAUCUUCUCUACCACUGUCUGUUCACCCUUUCUCUCUUUUUGUGUUGUACUCACCCUCUCUUCUCUCCUUACUUCUCUUUCUCUCGCUACUCUUUGAUGUAACAGGUUGUUGUAAUGUGAAGGAGUUCUACUGUACGUUGAUUAACCUGUGUGUGUGGGUUCCUACAGAGUAAUGUCAAGGCGUUCUACCGUACCCUGAUUUACCUUUCUGGCCGACAACAGUUUGACGGUGGUGGUGUUUGCUCUCUCCAUACUGGCUAGCCUCACUCUCAAUGAGGAUGUGGGGGAGAAGGUAACACACACACACCAAUGUUUUCUCUAUCUUUGGUUCUGGUUGUGACUACUAUCUCUCUGGUGUGUGUGUGUGUGUGUCAGCUGUUCCAUGCUAAGAACAUCCACCAGACGUUCCAGCUGAUCUUCAACAUCAUCGUCAACGGCGACGGAACUCUAACCAGGAAGUACUCUGUAGACCUACUGGUGGACCUACUGAGGAACCCCAAGAUAGCUGACUACCAGACCAGGUACACACAGGCACACAAACACACACAUGCACACGCUCACACACUUUUAUAGAACAGAAAAAGUUAUGUUGUGUAUGUCUCUCCCUCCUUUCUCUCUCUGUAGGUAUGAGCACUUCUCAAUGUGCGUGUCCCAGGUGUUGGGUCUGCUACAUGUCAAAGACCCGGACUCUGCUACCAAGGUGUUGGAGCUGCUCCUGGCUCUGUGUGGUUUGUCAGGCCUGAGGCGUCUGCUGUGUGAGGUUGUGUUCUGUCCCGCCAUCCCACGGCUCCAAGCUGCAAUCUGCAGACUGGAGGUGGGCCUAGACGCAGGCCAGAAAACAGAGCUGGGCUUAGCUCUCAUCCAAUGGCUCAGCUCUCCGGCUGACGGGGAGGAGUCAUGCUGUCUACAGGCACUGCAGCUGCUGACUGAACUACUGGAGGUACGGCAGCCCAACGUGGACGUACAGAACUAAAAGUGGAAGCCUGUAUCUACAAAGUUUUCAUCAUCCAGUCUAAAUCAUUGAUAACUCCUGUAUGUACAGCCAAAGUGACUUACUUGGAUUUCUCUUUGUCUUUUCUUAUGUGUUUCUCUUCAGGAGGCAUUGGGUUCUGAGGUUGUGUCUGUGUGUGUGUUGGGCUUCGUUGAGUUGUUGGUUCCAAGGGUGUUGGGUCUACUACAGGGACUGGACCCAACUGCACCACACAGCCAGCUCAGAACACACUGCAUACGCACCACACACACCACCAGCCUGCUACUAAAUAUAUUUUACAUGUUGAGGCUGGGAUCUGUGUUGGUCUGUGUGUGUGUGAUCAGCCUUAACUCUUCCACUGCUGUGUAAUGAGGACUCUGCGUAGCAUGGUGUCUUGUCAGGUGAGCUCCCAGGUCUGUCUCUCUCAGGUGGAAAUACUGCUCUCCUGUUGCCAUAACAACAACCCCCUCACCGACCAUGACUGCCUCAGGUUAGUGACCCCUUAAGAUAUUAACAUAUUAAGAUAACACACACACACAGCAAAUGCGUCAACACAGGCAUCAAGCAUUCUCAAAUCAAAGAGAUGGGCUCAAAAUGAUGUGUGUGUGUGUUCCAGUCAAGUGUGUGGUGAGGCGGUGUUGAAGACUCUGGAGUUGAUGAGUAAACUGAGACAGCAGGUGAAGGACAUGGAGACCAGCUUCUACAGAAUACUACAGGUACACACUCACUCACUCACUCACACACCUGUGGAGCUGAGCUAAAUGAUUGACACGUUAAAUCUCUCUCCCUAUAGGACCAGAGGAUGGUCACACCCCUCUCUCUGGCGCUCACGUCCAAUCACAAAAAGCAUGUUCAGACC